UCAAUAACUACUAAUCCAAUCAUUAAUGGAUCAGUUUUAAUUCAAAUCAUGUACUAGGGAAGAUGAAGGCCAGUGUGAAAUCAAAUCUAGGGUUGAUCAUCGCCUUCUUCUUCUUCGCGGGCUAUUGCGGAGGGGAAUCUUCCACGUGUCUGACGGUUUACAAACAAGGAGGAGCUCCCGCUGUGUUCCAAUCCCCCAAAUGUCCUCGUUGGAACUGGCCUUCUCGUUCACAUUCACGCACUGGAGGAGAUGCUCGUUGCCACACGGCUUCGCUUCAAGGUCGCCGCAAAUACCAAGAGGACCGUCUUCUAUGUGCUCUCGAUCUUCGCAUCCCCUUUCCAAGAAGCAAGAGUGGAGGAACCAAGGACGUUUUGGUUGGCAUUGCAGCUGUCUUCGACGGCCAUAACGGCGCUGAAGCAAGUGACAUGGCUUCCAGACUUUUAUUGGAUUAUUUCGCCUUGCAUAUCAACUUCCUCUUGGACGCUACCUUUUCUUCUAUCACCACCAUGACGAAGCGGUUGCCAAGUAAACGAGAUGAAAUCAUUGACUUUAAUAUGCAGUUGAGAGACUCAUUGCCCUUAAAUUUCGAUGAUUCUCUUCACUUGGAUAUUAUAAAGGAAGCGUUGCUGCGAGCCAUCCAUGACAUUGAUGCCACAUUUACAAAGGAAGCAUCUAACCGAAAGUUGAAUUCAGGUUCUACGGCUACUGUUGCACUUUUCGCUGAUGGUCAUCUAAUGGUUGCCAGUAUUGGUGACUCCAAGGCACUCUUGUGCUCUGAAAAAUUUGAGACUCCCGAAGAAGCUAGAGCUACUUUAGUGAAGCUGUACAGGGAGCGAAGGAGCAAUCCAGACUCUUCUUCUUCCCCAUCAAGGUUCUCUGACUUCAAACUGGAACAUAGCAAUGGGCGACUGCGUUUGAUUGCCAAAGAAUUGACAAAAGAUCAUCAUCCUAAUAGAGAAGAUGAAAAAAAUCGUGUUGAAGCUGCCGGAGGUUAUGUCACUGAGUGGGCCGGUGUGUCACGAGUUAACGGUCAACUAGCUGUCUCCCGUGCUAUUGGCGACCUUACUUUUAAAAGUUACGGUGUCAUCUCUGCACCUGAGGUGUUGGACUGGCAGCCGCUACUGGCUAAUGACAGCUACUUGGUAGUUUCAUCUGAUGGCAUCUUUGAAAAAUUGAAGGUGCAAGAUGUAUGUGAUCGUCUGGGGGAAGUAAACAAUCAAACCAGCUAUGGAGCAGGACUGCCUUCUUACUGCUCUGUUUCUUUGGCAGACUGCUUGGUCAAUACUGCCUUUGACAAGGGAAGCAUGGAUAAUAUGGCUGCUGUUGUUGUUCCUCUAAAAUCUAAUCUUGUUUCUCAGCUCCAACGAAAGGAGCAGAGUAUGGGUGACAACAAAUAUCAGAUUACUUCAGCUCUGCCGAGCAACACAUGUGCACUGCCACUACCUGAUGAUAUAAAUUCGGGUCCAUUGACAUUCAAGCAGGCUCAACCACAUCCACAUGCAACCAUGUUCAACAGGUUACUGGUUGAAGUUAAAAACGGAAGCUUUGCUUGCUUUUAUAUGUCAGAGCACCUUGUUGGUACGUCUCUGGUACAAUGGGACAAUUUGAAUGCUUACGUGAAUGACUUGCCUCAGGUUUUACCAGCAUCUGUUGAGCCAUUCUCUGGCUGGUGUUUGCCUUCUGCGACGGCUGUUAACGAGAAUCAAGACCAGUGCAUCAAUCCUGAUAGCUUUGCUACUUUCCUUGGGUUACUUGAAUCUGUACCCUUACAUGGUUUUGGUAACGGGACGGAGGAGAUUCCAUUUCCGGACUCGAGCUAUGUUCUGAAGAAAAAAUUUGGGCGUGGUGCAUUUGGUGAGGUGUGGUUGGCAUUUCACUGGAAUUGCUAUCAAGGAAGUAACGCUACAAGUGGUGGUCAUACCAAUGAAUACGCUGAUAACGUAACUAGCAGUACAUCUACAGAUCAUUAUGAUACUAAUGGUCCUGAUAACUCCUUCAUUUUGAAACGUAUAAUGGUAGAGAGAGGACCAACUGUGUAUUUAAGUGGUCUAAGGGAGAAACAUUUUGGUGAAUUGUUUCUAAAUGCAUACAGUAUAAGUGGGAGUCCUUCUGCGCAAAAGUCAAGUCCUCAAUCAGCGUCAUCAGAUAUGGAUCUCUCUGAAGAGGGUUUGAAACAUAUUGCGAGAUACAUAGAGUAUUUUGAAUCUCGAUACAAUGACAUAUGGCUUGUGUUUCAUCACGAGGGUGUGUCUUUAUCAAAGCUGAUGUACACUGUAGAAGAUAUCCAUGCUGGUGAAAAGGCUGAAGAGGCAAGUCAUGCGCAGAUACUUCGUCCGUCAAACUGGUGGACCUGGUUGAAGACAACAGAAUCAGGAAAAGAAGAAAUGCGCAGAAUAAUAUGGCAAUUGCUGCUGGGUCUUAAGGCCUGCCAUGAUCGCAAUAUUACUCACAGAGAUAUAAAACCCGAGAAUAUGGUGAUAUGCCUUGAAGACGUCAAGUCAGGCAGAUGCUUAAAGGGUGCACCGAAUGGAGAUUACAACUUCAAAACUAAAAUGCGCAUCAUCGACUUUGGCAGUGCACUUGAUGAAUUCACAAUGAAACAUUAUUAUGGUUCAGUAGGUCCUUCAAGAGCAGAACAAACUCAUGAUUACGCACCUCCCGAAGCCAUUCUGAACAGCAGCUGGCACCGUGGGCCGACCAGUUUGACCGUGAAAUACGAUAUGUGGAGUGUUGGGGUUGUGAUGUUAGAAAUGAUUUUAGGAUCACCAAAUGUUUUUGAGAUUAGUUCUGUUACACGUGCCCUUUUGGAUCAACAUAUCAGAGGUUGGAGUGAAAACUUUAAAGAGCUUGCAUACAAGCUUCGAUCCUUUAUGGAAAUGUGCAUCCUAAUCCCAGGUAGCUCUUUAAAACAUGGUGGCGCCAGCUCGAAGCAGGUUGGGAUUUCGCUUGCGUCAUGGAAAUGCUCUGAAGAAUUUUUUGGAGAACAGAUAAAGAAUAGAGACCCUCUUAAAAUUGGGUUUCCUAAUGUUUGGGCUUUAAGGUUGGUGCGGAGUCUAUUACAGUGGUACCCUGAGGACAGAUUGAAUGUUGAUGAAGCUCUGCAGCACCCUUAUUUCCAGCCUCCCCCGAGCUCCUGAUUGUAAAGAAAAAAGGACACGUUUUCUUUUGCAGUAAGCUUUUAACCACUUGCUGGUUAUGAAUUGGCAUACAAAACAAGUGGUGGUUUGAUAUUGAUUGGAAACAUCCUUGUCUUGAAGCCUGUGGAGAAGACUUGAGUUGUAUAUUUAUCACAAGUCAAGUGAAGCCCUAACUUGUAAAUGAGUAAUAGCCCAAAAACUAGAAAACAUUAUGUAUACAUGUAUUCUUGAGUCUUUUUACCUGUAAGUUCCUGAAAUUUCGUGUUAAUAUUGUGUCUUCACGAAUUACUAUCUCUCUUGGAAAAGGAAACUCAUUAGGAUUUUAA